UAAGCUUUUGCAUACAAUAACGCGAAUAUUGCGACAUUUAUUUACAUAAUAACAAAAUGAAUAAGCGAACAACAAAAACGUGUCCAAUAAAGCUAUGUAAAUUGUUAUAGAUUUGCAAACCAUAUGGCAAAACCGAGAAUCAUUGAAGACGACACACACAAAGAAGAACUGUUUGUUUUAUUUUCGUUACCAACGCUAUCAAUCAGUUCCUAUUAACGUCGAUUAAAGCAAUUAGUGUGCUGUUUAACUAAAGGCAACUACUGUGCGUGAAUUAUAUUGAUUGUGCGUAAUUUAAGCGCAAUUAAGUGUCAUUUACGACCCAGAGGCAGCUCUCACCCGUUAGGGCCCCAACAACCCACCGGCUUAGUUUUAGCGAAAACAACAAUAUCGAACGGCGACGACGACAACGACAACGACGAUCUGACACAAGCAACGGUGCAUUUUGGCGCUGAGCCAUGAGGUCGUACGCUGAGAACUGCGCCAGCUGCCAUAAAAGACGUUAACGUCAACGACGACGGCUAAGAGGUGAGCAAAACAACGUUAAACGUUUUGACCUUCGCCCUAGCUUGUCGCAUGCGGCUAAUAUGUGUGUUAAUAUUGGCAGGAAGCAUUAGUCAUUGCCAACAACAUCAUCAGCAUAAUAAGGGAAAUGGGCCCGCCCAUGGGAGCAGAUCAAAUUAGACGACGUUGGGCCGUCAUGGACUGAGGCACACCCACUUACACAUACUGUACAUAGACAACGAAUUGAGCGAACAAUAACGUACAUAUAUAUAUAUAUUAACUCAGACUGUUAAUCCACUGGAGGAAAAUGUUCAAAAUACGACAACGCAACUGUUUGCUAAUCGCGACGCUGCUCGUCUUGGCGCCUUGCAUUGUGAUAUUGAUGAUAAUGGGUCCAGAAUUAUCCACCGAACAGUCGCUGACGCAACGAUUGGCCGAGUGUCACAUGCGACUGCAGUAUCUAGAGUCCAUGUAUCGGGCGAGACAGGAGGAUGUCUCACUCCUCUCACAAUAUGUGGGUCAGUUGCAGAUCAGCUCCUCCAGUAGCAGCAACAAUACUGUGACAGGGAUAACUAGCAUGCCCAGCAGUGCUGUGCCCGCUUUUGGUCCCAUUGCCAGUUUGGUGGAUGCCCUUAGUCCAGAGGCACGCCAAUUGUUGCGCAACGCCUCGCACGCCUCACGCACAGGAGUUGCCCAACGCUACACGCCCACACAAAAUAUACGUCUGCCCAAUGCCUAUCACUUUUUGCCGCAUCUGCUGGACGAUGCCAGUUCGUUGCGUCCGGCCUAUUUGCAGAGCAAGGGACGUGCCGAUGUUAGCAUUGUACUCGGCGUGCCGACAGUGAAGCGGGAAAAGCAGUCCUAUCUGCUCUCCACUCUGCACAAUCUCAUCGAAAACAUGAACGAGGAGGAGCAGAAUGAAACGCUCAUUAUAGUCUAUAUUGGGGAAACAGAGCUGGAGACAGUGCAGCUGAUAGCGAAGCAAAUCGAACACAGUUUCGAACAGCAUGUGGAGAGUGGACUUAUCGAUAUUAUAGCGCCAUCACCCAGCUAUUAUCCCAACUUUGAGACGCUGCGCAUAACGCUGAACGAUCCGCUGGAGCGUGUGAAGUGGCGUAGCAAACAGAAUCUCGACUUUGCCUAUUUGAUGGCCUAUGCGCAGGCAAAGGGCACCUUCUAUGUGCAGCUAGAGGAUGAUAUAUUGACUAAGCGCCACUUUAUAACGACCAUGAAGAAAUUUGCGCUGAUCAAGAGCGCCCUAACGAAGCGCGAUCAGCCGGCAUGGUUUGUCCUCGAUUUCUGUCAGCUUGGAUUCAUCGGAAAGAUGUUCAAGAGCGCCGAGCUGCCCUAUUUGAUAACCUACUUUCAAAUGUUCUACAACGAUAAGCCCGUAGAUUGGCUGCUUUCGUAUUUUAUUGAGUCCAAAGUGUGUCGCACCGACAAGGACCAAAAGCAUUGCAAUCAGGAGAAGGCCAAAUAUUGGCAGCAUUUUCGCAAAUCGCUUUUCCAGCACAUUGGCACCAGCUCCUCCCUAAAGGGCAAGGUGCAGAAGCUGAAGGACAAACAGUUUGGCAGCAAGGUGCCGACCUAUUAUGCGCACAUCCACAAUCCACCCGCUUUCGUUAAAUCGAAUAUAGCGCCCUACAAAAAUUACGUUUUGAAGCGCGCCUAUCGCGGCGAGACCUAUUUCUGGGGCCUACUGCCCCAACCUGGCGACCUCGUACAGUUUAUUUUUGAACAGCCCAUCCUCUUGCGUCGCUAUUUAUUUCGCAGCGGCAAUUCGGAGCAUCCGUCGGAUCGUUUCUAUAACACCACCGUGGAGUUGCUCCCGGCGGAUAGCCUGAGCGAGAAUUCGUCGGUGUGGAGCAUAUAUAAUACAACCACAGACGGGUAUCUGGUUGUGGGCGCUUUCGAUGCUCUGGGCGUUGCCGAGAGCGUAUUGGAUCCGAAAAUUGGUGCCAUUAAGGAGCUGCGCUUGCACGUGCACAGCGACAGCGAGAAUUGGGCGCUCCUUAGCGAAAUCGAACUGCAACAGAUGGGCGCUAACGGUGAGGAGAAUGCGGCCAAGCCGCGAUUCGCGGCGGGCAGCUGAUUGCUGCAUCGCCAGCGCGUGCGGCCCGAGGAGCAGCAGUAGCCACAGAGGAUACGAUUAUUAAAUGGAGAGAGAGAAACAGAGAAUGUUGGCUGGAAUAUUUCGUGUAUUGUUAACUCACAUUAUUUUUUUUUAUGCUCCGCAUUUCUCUCGCUGUCUAUAAAAAGAUAUAACAUCAACAUGAAUGUGUGUGUGUGUGUGUGUAUAUGUAUGUAUAUUUUUCGAAUGCUACUUUUUAAAGUCUACCAUCUAAAUGUGUAAAUAACCUAUACUAUAUACGUAUUACUGCAUAUUGAAGCCAUCUGUAUAUCUCAGCUACGUUUGCCGCACGUUGACAAAACAGAAGACUAAGCCAUGGGCCUUUAGGCCUUUUACAGCCUCUAUUCUAACUCCAUAAUUCCUGCACUCUGCAAUCACAUGAUUUAUACUCAUUUUUCGCUUAGAUCUAUUCUGUGGCGUCGCUGAAACGUAGCUUCCAUUUCUCAUAUAUCUGUACUCCCGUAUAAGAAUACUAAGUGCCCCUUCCAUUUGUUCAUCAUGUUGAUAUUUACAUUUUGCACAGUGAAAAAAUUGUGCGUCAUUGUGCUAUAUACCACUAUAUAUAUAUAACAUAUUAGCAUAUGUAUGUAUUUAUAUUUGAGCAGUAUCAUGACUUUUGUUAUAAACCCCAUUGUUAUUUAGCUAAAGAGAAACAAAUUGGCAUUCUUGAAUCUCGAAUUGCAUUGAAAACGAAUUCUUUGCUAUGAUUUUAUUUAAGUGUAUUUUCUAAGUGUUAACUAUCUGCUAUAUUCAUAAUUUAUUUGUCCAUCAUUUUAAAACAUUCCUCAUAUGAAUGAACCUACCAUGAAACGCUGCUAUUUUCAAUUAAAGCGUGCUGAAUUAUACAUUGUUUGUAUUCCUAAGUAGAUGAAUCGCUAUAAAAAUUUUAUUAUAAUUUAAAAAGUAUAUAUAUGUUCUAAACAAUAAGAUGUCUGUCCCGUGCUCAUUUAUAUAUUGCAUUAGCAUUCGGAAGAACGAAUAUGAAAGUAUAACGAUUUGUUGCCUAAAAUAACACACAACUUGAAGUAUUAUGACAGUUUUCGAAAUAUGUAAUUAUUUUUAUGAUUUAAUUUGUAUUAUAAAACCAAACUGCUAUUGUUUCCGUUCCAAUUUUGUAAAUCAUCCUUCGCUUUUUUACGAUUACGAAUAUAUUAGAUUAUUCGUCUUUAAAAUAACACAAAAUGUUGAAAAGAAUUUCACCCAAAAAUUAAUUAAUCAUUUUAAAUAUGUUUUUCAUACUGAGAAUUUUGAAACAAUUUGAUUUGCAUCUCGAAUUCCUCACUCAUUCCCAUUUACGAUUGUGAAAGUCUCCCCCGUUUCUCACCUAACGUAAAUACGCCAUAAUCAAAAUCGCAUUCAUUGUGUAUAACUAUUAAUACUACAUAACGAAACCAAUUUCUAGCAUUGUUGCUUUUUUACUGUGAUUUGUUAAUAAUUUUGCAUAAACAAUGGAAUGACAACUAAACGAAAGAACAAAAUAGUAAUCCUAAUAGUUUAUUCAAUAUUUCAAAUAUUGUGCAAAUAAUGCGUUUAAUGUAUAAAAC